AUUGGAGGAGGGACGCGGGGAGGCGGGGCCCGGGAGCGGACCGGAGCGGAGUGGACCGAGAGCGGCGAUGGGGGUUUCACGGCUGCGGGUCGGUCUCUUGCUCCUGGUGUGUCUGGGUCAGUGUGCCCGCGGGCGCGGGUCUCCGGCCCCGGCAGAAGCCGGCCUGCGGGAGAUGCUGCAGGAGGUGGGCGAACUGAUGGAGGACACGCGGCACAAACUGCAGGGAGCAGUCCGGGAGAUGGACCUGGUGCCAGGGAGGAUGAACUGGGACACCGAGCCACUCCCCAUCUCUGAGGACCAGCACGAAGAACCUGCCUCCCCCCUCGGAACUGGAGAGCCAGACAUCGGCACGUUGCAGGGAGCCAGGAAGGAGUGUAUUGUAGAUGAGGACUGUGGGAAGCACCAGUUCUGCCAGACAGACCCGUUGGAGCCCAAAUGCCUUUGGCGGAGAGCAGAGCACGAGAAUUGUUCUCGAGAUGUGGAGUGUGACGAGGACCGCCUGUGUAUCUGGGGGCAAUGCCAGGCAGGGGCAGUAAGAGGAGAGCAGGGUUCCAUCUGUCAACAGCAGUCAGACUGUCAUCCACACCUCUGCUGUGCCUUCCACACUGAUCUCUUGUUCCCUGUGUGCACCCCCUUGGCUGAGAAGGAUCAGGUGUGUCACAACCCUGCCCACCAUUUGUUGGACCUAGUCACUUGGGAAGUGGAACCGGACGGGGCUCUGGACCGAUGUCCCUGUGCCGGGGGACUGCAUUGUGCACCAGAACGCAGAGUCCAAGGAGGUGUGGGGGACAGCUGCCAGGCUACGGGUAUCAACACAGCAUGCCCAGAAAUUACUAGCCCUAACCCAGACAUCUUUGGAAACAGGAGCAGCCGGUGGAAAUCCACACAAUCGUGGGGGAAGUUUACUCCUUCCAGAGCACGGUGUAACAGUGUGAUAUCCGUAUGCCAGGAAAACCAGUGGAUCAGUGUCACGAAAGAUCUCUCUGACUACAUGGAAGAGGGGCCACUCCCCAGCGCAGAGAACAUAGAUCCCAGUGAACGGGGGAAGGCAGAGGCUGUGUUCUGGACUGUACGCAGUACCAGGUUGGAUUCCACAACUGGGAGAACACAGGAAGACAAAAAUCACAGCUGACUUGCUGUUUGGUCCAAUCUCUCCCAAACCUAGCCUACACACAAUCCUUUCAAGUGAUUAUGGAAAGUCAGGAGCAUAGAGGCUAGAUAAUUGUUGUAACAAUCCAUUGGAAAAUAGUGUAGUGUUUCUGGUAAUGGCAUACUUUAGUAACACCUUCAGCUGUUUAGUGAUCUGUUGUUCACACUCAGUAAAUUUAUUUAGAGGAACUGUAUGGAACAUUGCCCAGCAACCCACUGAUCUACGUUGGCCAAAGCACAGGACAAUUACAAAGACCAAUUAACCAACCUGGUAAGUCUUUUGGACUGUGGGAGGAAACCCACGUGAUCAUGGACUGUAGACUCCUUACAGAAUCGAACUCUGAUGCCCGAGCUGUAAUAGCGUUGUGAUAACUGCUAUGCUAUCCGAAAGGACUCUGCUGCCAAUCCUUAAACAAACAUCACUGGUGGAUCCUUCCUUCCCCCUGCAUGGUGAUCUCCCACCCACCUUAUUCUGGCUUCCGACCCCUUCCUUUCCAGUCCUGAAACUGUUUAUUCAUUUCCAUAGAUGCUGCUUGACCUGCUGUGUUCCUCCAGCAUUUUGUGUGUGGGCUGGUUGUAGAUGGGGCAUCGCUAGCUGUUAAACUGGGUCUUAGUUCCAGUGAAUGAGAAAGAAUAGUUAGAGACACCUACAGCUCCGACAACUGGCUCCAGGUUUAGUUUAGAACUUCUUUUGUUUCAAACUCAUGUUUAGAAUUGUAAGCUUUUUAUAAAAUUACCAGAUCUACAGAAUAAUCAAUAAAAAGUACAUCUUCCAGAGGUAAUGUUGGGGCCUUGGUAUGAUUCAUAUAAACUGUAGAAAGCAGAAUCUUUGCGGUUCAUGAUCCAGCAGUGACACAGAAGAGCCAUUGAGUGCAGAAUCUGGCCCGUCCCUUCUGCUGCUGUGAAGCCACAAGGCUGGUCAGUGACACAGAAGAGCCAUUUAGCCCAUUGAGCGCAGAAUCUGGCCUGUCCCUUCUGCUGCUGUGACACAGAAGAGAGCUAUUUGGCCCAUCGUUUACUCCCAGCACAGGAAUGCCAUUAGCUGCUGCAUUGUGCACAAUUUUGUUCACCCAUCUACAGGGAAGAUAUUAUUAUCAAGAUUGAAAGAGUGCAGAAAAAAUUUACAAGGAUAUUGCCAGGAUUUGAUAAGGUUGAAUAGAUUCCCUGGAGUUGAGGAGAACAAGAGGGAAAUUUGAUGCAGGUAUAUAAAAAUUGUCAUCGAUUCUGGGGAGGCUGUACAAACUGGCAUACACUAACAGCCAGGAUCGGUAUGGUUUGGAAGCCUGGCAGUGAAUACCUUACUGUCACCAGUGAAACCUUUCCCUGGUGAAUCUCUUCCAACAGCUCCAAAACCGAGCCUUCGGGCUGAACUCAAUCUCUCAAAGCCAAUGUUCUUCCAGUUGCCACCACUCCCACCCAUCCACGGUCGUGCAGGAACAGGAAUUUCCCACUUGGAACCAAAACAUUAAACAGUUCUCCACCGUUAAUCUGCACCCACACAGUCUGAUACAUAAACCAAACCUGACAGUCCUUGCAUUCACUGUUUGAUUCUGGCUUUGAGUGGAGGCAGGUCUAGAAAGUAGUGAGGGAAAAUUAAACUGUCACUGUAUGGACCAACAACUACAGUCCUGACUUCAGGACAGGGAGGAUGGGAGACCACAAGACAGUCAAUAUCAAGGAGUGGAAAGGGUGAGCAGUUUCAAGUGCCUGGGUCUCAACAUCUCGCAGGAACUACUCCAUCAUAUAUUGAUGCAAUUACAACAGACACCUGAUUCCGAGGGUCUCAGCCCAAAAUGUUGACUUUUUAAUUUCCUCCAUAGAUGCUGCCUGAACUGAGUUCCUUCAGCAUUGUGUGUAUUGAUCUGCUGUAUUUGUUCAGUGAAAUACAAUUGUCAGCCCAGA